AUGGGAAAUCUAGACCCAGAUCGACCCAGGAAGCUUGCUCCUGCAUUCCAUCAUCCACAUCCAAAUGUCCCAUCCCUGACAAUACCGGUCAACACAACAACAAUGAAUGGACAUUUGAUAGAUCAAUCCGCCUAUUCAAACUCACCAGAAACAGCAGUCGCAUCCACUCCAGACCCACUACUCCCACACUCCUCAUACCUAGAAACGCCUAUAAAGUCUCGGCAGUCAUGGCGAGCAUCGUCAUCAAACACCAAAAAAUGGACUUCACGACUCGUAGGCACUGUGAAGCCGGGCGAUGAGUAUGAUCCAGUAUCUAUAUUUACGAGAGAGCUGCUCGAGGAUGUCCUAUAUGCCUUCUUCUUGUAUCGAAGCACCGUGCUGUUGGAUACUCCACCACUGCAGCCCAAGACGAUCGCACGGUAUCUGCUGAUAUUCAUUCCGAUGUGGUAUAAUUAUAGCCUGUGUGUGCUGGAUGUCGAUGUGCUGCUGCCGCAAGACUCGUUGCUGGCUACUGUAUGGAGACUCGUACGGAUAUUCGCUACGUUUGGUGCCGCCUGGUGUGGACCUUCUGUAUUCAACUCUGUAGAACCAACUGCUACCGCUUUUAUAUGUAUGGCUUGUGGAUUACGUGUAGGAGUGACUGCCAUCUACUUUGUCGUCGCUAUGGGCAACAACUACUCGGCUUUGAGCCACGAAGGUGCCAGUGCUUUGCUGAUUAGAGCAGCAUUCUUGCUACCAUCGACAUUAUUAUACAUUGCAGGAUGCUUUACACUACGAGAGUUGUUAUGGGGUUUAGGUAUUCUCGUCGAAUUGGUCUUAUGGGCUCUACUCGGGCUAGUAGAUUACCGUCUUGGCUCACCAUUGGCACACUUUGAAUGGCAGAGAGCCCGAGAUAGAUUAGCGAGAAUGUCGUUACUACUGCCAUGCAUAUGUAUUCUGGAUUUAAUCGAAGUGCGACUGGGUGUAGUCAAUGGAGUUGGACAAACUAAACUCAAUGUCAGUAAUCUAUGCUAUGCGGUAACAGGAGUAGUCAUCAUAUAUGGUCUCUUUGUCAUGACUCGUAAACAAUCCGCCUUGUCUGCUCCGGGUCUAACACCAGCAUGGGCAUCCCAUAAAUACGCAUCACUCUUCCACCACGUAUCUAUAUUCCUCCACUGCAUAACGCACGCAGCAAUGGUAAUGGCUACGGGACUACAAACCAACAUGCUGCAAACACUCUACUCGAGCAGUCUGGGAUAUAGUUUUGCACCAAUAGUCCCUCCAGGUGCUCCAACAUUGGCUGUCUCGUCGUCAUUAACGAGACGAUUAUUGACUCGUGCUAUUAUAUCUACGGGUGGUACCUCCACGACUGCUCCACUAGUAGUCCGUAGUCUCCUCACUAGCACUCUAAUCACUGAUACAUGGCAGCAAGAAGGAGUAUUUGCUAUUGGACUGGCUCUCGCCAUGAUGUUUUCAACCAUUGCGCAAUGGUAUGAUUCUACCAAAGGAUGGAAGUCGCUAGGACGAGUAGAUCAAACACGGUUAAUUGUGCGAUUGUGCUUUGCACUGGUAUUGGCUGGACCUGCAGUGUUGUCCUUUUCCGUGUCGCAGACGUUGAUUGCGUCAUCAGUCAUAAUGGGCAUUGCCAUAUUUUUUGAGGAGACGCUCUACCUUUUAACAAAGUAA